AAAUCUCUUUACGACUUUUGAUCAGAUCUUUCACGACAUUAACAAAAUAUGCCAAGCACUAAAGGAGAGCUUGAAAUUGAUUGGGAUUUGAAUGUAUUAGAGUUUUGGGAUGCAACCCUUAGCAGUUUUAAAAGAUGUCAUGAAGCAAAAGAGCAGUACACAGAUUCAAAGCAAGUUACUGAAGACCUGCUGAAAAAUUUACCACUUAAGCAGCAAAAGUCGAUAAAGGAAUCAGCCACUACAGUAACCAAAAACAUGGACCUAGGUACCUCUCCAUUAACCAUAUUCGCCGAUAAUACUACUGACGAGGCUCGAGAAGUGGAUGAAGAAAACGACGAUGAAGAAGCUGAAGAAGAGCAACUAGCAGUAGCAGAUAAGGAAUACAAUAUCGUCCACGGCGAAGAAGAAGACCAGUUUCAAGAGAAUGAACGUAAUCCAAAGGCAAGAUCAGAGCAUUGGAUUGAAGAAAUUGACAAAGAUAUCGGGAGAACAAAAUCAUACAGUGAGAAAGGACAGACUAGCAGAAGUAAACGAAAAGCUGCGGCAAUCUCGGCAACUGACGACGAGUCAUGUAUACGCAUGAAACCCUCUGUUGAAAAUGCUUCAAAAGAAACAGAGAAACAAACAAAAAGAUCAAAGAAAGGAAACGAUGCAGAUAGAGAACAUAAGAGGUUACAGCAGCAACUAGGGCAACAACAAUAUAAUGACUUAUCAGAUAAUUCUUAUUACCAGCAGAAUGAUGAACAGCAAUAUGCAUAUACCAACCCUGACGAACCAGCAUCCUAUGCGGCGCCCAUGCCACCACCUCCGCCUACGAAAGACCAAAGCGAGGACAGUGCUCUAUCGAAUUUGAUGAUGGCUUGGUAUUAUGCAGGUUAUUAUACAGCAGUUUAUCAGUCUAGAAGAGAAUUUCAAAGAUAGUCGUUGGUUUAAGUUACCAUAUCUUUAAUGAAAAGUUAACAAUCAUCAUUGAAGAGCAAACAUUAUCUUGGUUUGGUCUUACUCUUAAUUCUCACUUUGAAAUAAACUGCAACAAUGUGCAUAAUCAAACCUUUGCCCCCCGUUGUUAAC